AGCCAGGGCCUCAGUCACACAGCGCACCCCACCGGCAGGAGGCACCAGCCGCCCCUCCCGCCCCACCGGAGCGGAGCCCCGGAGUCGAGCCCGCCGCGCCGCGCCCUUGCGGGCCUAGCGGCCCCGCCUGGUGGUGCCCGGAGCCGCCCGGAGCUGAGGUAGCCGAGCCGGAGCAGGCCCGGGUCGCCCUCGCGUGCCAUGUGAAGGGAAGGGUGUCCUCCACCAAACGGGCCACCUCGAGGACACCCUGGGGCCACCACGAGGGAAGUGUGCCUGCCCCUGCCCGGCAGGCCCAGCAGGCCCGGCGGCGGACACGAUGGCGGCGCGGCAGAUCAAGGGCGGGUACUUGCUGCGGCACAAAAAGCGGCUGCUGGGGCCGAGCACGUGGCGGGAGCAGUGGGUGGUGCUGUACGACGACUCGACGCUGUCCUGGUACAAGGAGAAGGGCCGGCCCUGCCCCGAGGGCUCGGUGCGCGUCCGCGAGUCGCCCGACCUGCUGGCCGUGUCGCAGUACACGCAGCGCAUCCCGGACCGGCCCGACCUGCCCAAGGGGAACAAGGUGGCGCAGCUCAUCGCCGUAGGCAGCCGCCGGCCCAGCCGCCACAAGGUGCACUGGCUGCUGGCCAAGAGCACCGAGGAGUGCCAUGAGUGGAUGACAGCCAUCAGCCGCACGCUUCCACAGCUCCCUCCGCUGCCACCGCCAAAGGUCGAGAGCAACGGCAACGCGGCCCCCACCAACGGCGCCAUCAACGACGAGAAGGACAUGAAGUCAGAGGGCACGGUGGACCUGCCCGCGGGGCUGCUGGCGGGGGCGGGCGUGUCUCAGGCGUGGGGCGGCUGGGGCCACGGCGGCGGCUGGGCGGUGGGGGUGGGACUGUGCAGCCACAGCCACCACAUGUCCCACAUGCACGUCCACCAGCACGCGCCCACGCCGCACGGCCACGCCAGCGCGCACGUCUACGACCACCACCCGGCCUCGGCGACGGCGUACCACCACGACUGCUCUUCCUCGGCCAUGGACAGCCUCGGACACCACGACGUGGACCUUGGCGACCUCGACCUGGGUGGCCUCGACUGUCUGGCCGACUUCAGCUUCUAGGGUCGCGGGCGCUGCGACACGCUGCCGGAGAUGACAAGCGAGCCGGGAGGAGUCGGUUCGAUUUCUGAAUUAUCUUAGAACCCGCUCAGGUGGUCCCUUUCUCUAACGACGUAGGUUGCUGAAAAUACCCGCAUAUAUCUUUGUUCCUACUCUCCAACACAGCAGCUUCGUUCUUACUGUAUCCCCGGGGAGACACCAGGGGAUUAGAAGCCGAGGGAACGACCAGAGAACGCUGCGCGUUGUAUACGUAUGGCAAGAGAGUUCAUAAAAAAAUAUGUUUGUAAGGCGAGGAGUUAUUGGAAGGACUCGCCGCGUUGUAGAAGCCGAUGUCGGCUUGACGCACUCGUAGUGCCGAGCUGGAGGAGAUCACGCUCCCAUUCGCAGCAGAAUCACCUGGGCGCCCUUCCCUUCACCUCCGCGCCGCUCGAGCGCGUCGCUGCCGAGGGCGCCGCCUGAACACCCCUUAUCCUUGGCUGCUAGCCUUGUCCGUCCCCAACCCGACCAACGUGUCCCUAUCGCUGUCGAUGUGUGCGUGUGUGUGUGCGUGUGCAUGCGCGUCGGUGCGGUGGCCGCCACACGUGUGGUGGAGUCACACGAAACCCCUGCCGACGUGUAAGUAUAAGUGAAGAGAGAUUGAUUUUGGAUAGAUAGUUUUAACUAGUUAGAGGUGAGUGGCCUCACAUAAAUUGAGUAUGUAACUUGUGCCCCUAUGGCUAAAUUCAGGUCAGUACAGGGCUUAUUCUUGUUUUCUACUGUGAGACUCUACCUUGUCUCAUGUUUCUACGCACAGUCCAGUCUCCCUUCUUGGGAAACGCUCAUUACUCUACAACAGUCAUUGUGGAAUCCUUCAGGAUGGAAAAAUAAAUAACUAUUGACCGAUUUUCUUAGAUGUAAUACGACAAGCUUUGCUUGAUGUCCUUAUAAGAAAUAUAGAUGCCUAUAAUCUAUCAGAGUAUUGUAUAUAAGUGUGGUUCCCAUCUACAAGAUUCCAAAAAUAUAGAUUUGCAUAGAAUAUGUAACCAUCAAAAUUUCAAAGUGUCGCAAUUGAGUAUCAUCAUCACCUUGAUGAUGAUGGAGACGAGAACUGCUCUACUUGGCUGAAGUGAAAAGAAACUCUAUAAAAUGAACAUGGUCUAAGGCAGCAUAUUCAGUAAAAUGAUAAAUUAUAAAGGUGUGUAUGUGUAAAUUAGUGCAGAGGGCAGACACACUCUUUACAAGAGAAUUUCUCCAACUCUGAAAAACCAAAAUUCACUACUGAAUGAGAGUGAGUGAGACACAUAUAAGAACUCCAACUAGCAGAAGAUAAGAUGUUUUGCAUAUUAGAGGUUGCGUUGCAAAAUCAAUAAUGGAGGAAAGGAGAAGAGGCAGGCGAUGUUUCUACAGGGUGGCCGCUCUGCCCCGUCUUUUUAAAAGAGGUAGACUAGCCCGCCCGCACGACCUCUCCAGUCCCCUCUCACCUCCCCUCUCCGUCUGCAAGCGGGCUAGUCUACCUUUUCAAAAUGACGGGGCAGAGCGGCCACCCUGUAUCCUAACAUGAGAAAGGCUUGAUUAACAGUAUGAGAUUGGGAGGGAGAGAUAAAUUAAAGCCCAAGUUGUAAUGGCAUAGUGUAUGGACAACCUCUUAAAGGUGAGACUGUUACAAUCAAAAUGCAAUUCAAAAAGUGCAAGAUCAAUAGAAUCAGUAGAAUUACAAAACAGUAUGUAAUGAAGACAUCUUUGAAACCCUUGUGGAAGAAAGAAGACACAUUUUCUUGUUUUUCCAUGGUUGUCUUUUGAUUAGCAGCUUUGUUAAAACUGUUGUAAUUCCCUAUGAACUGAAAUACCACUUAAAUAACAUAUACAUGUACAGAAGCACCAAAUAUUCAAAGAGGAGAGAUUGUUUCAAGACCCUGAUAGUUUAUAUAAGUAUACAGCUGUUAGGCUGGAAAUUUAUGGUUUUUGGUGUUAUUUUUAUUUUUUGCAUUUUUGCCUACUGUGUGUUAAUUUCCUAUGUCUAUUUCAACAAAAACAUUUCCUCCUCACUAAAACUGUUGGUGUUGCUAUUGACAAAGGUGGAUUGCUUCUUUGCUUUUGUGGAGGGUGUCCACAUUCAUUACUCAGUUUGUGCUUUCCCAUAGAGUAGCCAAAAAUAUGAAAUUCCUAUUUAGCCACCACAAUAGAAGUAUAUUAGCUUGCACAUGCAACUCUGUAUAAAGUACCUAAAAUGAAUGUGGUUUCCCAGACACGCAUAUGUUCACCUGACAAAGACAGAGCCUCAAUAACACAAGUCUUUGUUUGGCAAAAUUCUAAAAGCUGUGAUAGACUGUGCCUGCAAUGAAAGGCUCACUGCCAUACCCUUACCAAAUGCCUAGUUGUUCCUGUUUGCAUGGUCCAUAGGCUCAAAGCAUAGCAUUAUGUUGAGGUCCACAUAGGUUGUUGUAGCAAAAUUUGUGAGUUUUACACCACUUUUCAUCCUGUACUUUGCCCUCUCCCAAUUACCUCUCAUCCUGUCCCCUUGUAUCCAUUACUUAGAGUGUUCCGGAGCUUUGCCAAGCGGAAUGGAUGGUGGACGAAAGAAAAUGAAGAAAUAAAAACCUCACAUACUCAACAGGGAAGAUUUCCCCACAGAACAUUGCAAAUCAUGUAGUAAAACCAAAUUACAUCAUGUUCUCUGUCAUUCUAUAUUUUAAUGCUAUACUGAUAGCAUAACUUUUCUAUUGGCAAAUCUUAUCUCAGGUUCAUUUUAAAAUGGAGAGUGAAAAACUAGGAAAAAGAUUACAAUUUUACAAAAGAAAAAUAACUACAAAUUAUCUAUUGGAGGCACGCAGAAGCAUAUUUAAUAUUAUAUGAAAAUGUGUAAUUUAAAGAGAAAGGAGAAAACUGUCUUUUGUAACACCAUUUUUUUCAAAAUUCCCUCUGAACAAGAAUGGCAGCAUAUUUUUUAUCAGUCUCCAUUGCUAUUCAGAAGGGUCUUAAGCCUUAUGGCAUUAGCUGUUGCUGAUUGUCCAGCCUUAAAAAAUAAGUGAGGUCACAGUACACCCAAUGGGUUAGUGUUAGUACUUGAUUUUUUUAAAAAAUAACAUCUAUUUCAAAUUGAAGAACAAGAAACACUCAUACCUGGAAGAAUGGACAAAUUAACCACAAACAUUGACUGUUUUGACCGACUACUUUCAGAUCACAAAGCAUCAUUUUUCUUGAAUACUGACAAGGUAUCAAGUUAUGUUUUGUUACUAGUGCCUUUAAAUUUGGAAAAUAGUGAACAAAUAAUCAAAAAUUGGACUUGGUCAGUUUGGCGCAAGAGAGAAUAUAUAUAUGUCAGAGCAUCAUUGAGAACUGAAAUUUUCCUUACUUGUCCAAAUGGUGCUUCUAAAAACUUGAGAGGUAUUUUCUUAUGGAGGAAGAGCUCAUGUCUUCCGCAGGCUGCUGCUGGAACAGCUUAGUUUUAGCUACUGUUUGUACCUUGCUGUAUUUAUUAAUAAAUAAAUGUAAAUGUCUCCUAAAA